AUGUCGUGCAAUGCUAAAAAGGAAACCGGCGACCGCAAAGCUCUGAGUUUCGGAGAGCAAAAACUCAACCUGCAUCAGGCUGGGAAAGAGUUUGAGCCCAAAGCCAAAACCCCAACACCAGGAUCUGCUGACCUGUGCCUGAUUACCAAAACCCCUCUGACAGCCAUCGCUGCCCACCUCAAGGCAUGUGGAGUGAUGAUAGAGGAGGGUCCCGUUGACAGGAUGGGUGCUGUGGGUCCCAUCCGCUCCCUCUAUUUCCGUGACCAUGAUGACAACUUGAUUGAAGUCUCCAAUUACCAGCAGUAGAAAGCAUGGGGCACUGUAUCAUUGCCUUAAGAUAAAUAGGGCAAAACAUGUACUCAGAU